CCCUGGGAUACCCCACAUGUGCCCGCACCGCUGCACCGUUACCGCACCGAACUGGUCCGGGUAACUGUCUUCUGAUCUACCCAAGACAAAUGCUCGCCGUGUAUCGAGACCUCGGACCAACGAAGAUCACACGUAUGUGCAUACUACCCUAAUGUAUACAACCCUUGUACCGACUAUCUAUAUCCAGGUUAUUUCGCAUUACCCAAUCGCUUUCUAUAUUCUGUCCUUGUCCGAGGCCUCCCAGAUGUUUCGUGUAGGUAUCUACGCAAAGUAAGGUUAGGUAUAUAAAUUGAACCGAGGGUCGAGCUAAAGGUCCAUUAAGUUUACCUAGGUAUAUCUAGUUGAUCGUCUAGUUGACCUAAUAAUACGAUAUACUUUACCGGGUAUCUUAUCUAUAAGAUAGCUGUUUGCUGCAACUUGCUUGUCGUACCGAGUCUUUGCUUUUUUACACAACUCUGAUUUAAUUCACGACUGAUUAGGUACCUCCUCAGAUUUGAGAAAAUUAACAGGAGGCAAAUUGAUUAUUAGCAACAUGGCUGCCGAUAGAGAAUCAAAGAUUCCUCAUCCCUUACGGCCUCUCUCAUCUGACGAGCUCUCGAAAGCUCGAGAUAUUGCGGUCAAGGCACACGGGGGAGAUGGGACUGCCUUGUUUUUCCGCUCUGCCAUAGUCGAUGAGCCCAAGAGGACAGAUCUGACUGAGUUUCUCAUCGCGGAACAUGAGGGUCGAGUUCCCGAGACUAUCCCGCCGAGACAGGUCAAACUGCUUUACGAUGUCAUCAAAGAUGGAAAAGCUCAGCUCACGGAGACGGUCGUCGAUGUGGACGACGGAGCCAUCAAAAACACCAAAGCAUUUGAAUCGCGAUACCAGACCAGUUACACGGCCCAUGAAUUUGGCAUAUUUCAAGAUGCCUGCGUAUCCUCAGAGAUGUUCAAGUCGGCCAUAGAAGAAUUCAUCCUACCAGAACACUUCGUGAUUACGAUAGAUCCGUGGCCGUACGGUGGCCCAGAUCCGGAUGAGGAGAUCCCUCGCUACAUGCAAGGCCUUGUAUACGCCCGGGAUACUUCAAAGGACAAUAUUGAUUCCAACCAUUACUCCUACCCUUUACCUAUAAUACCGAUCAUGGAUGUGGCUACCAAAAAAAUAUUAAGAGUGGAUCGCCUCGCCACAGGGGGUGUCGGCGAUGGCCUCCAUUCUGCCCCUCCGGGAGGCGAGCCGAAGAAGCUGUUCGAGAACUGCGGGCCCGCGGAAUAUAUCCCAGAGCUUCUGGACCAGCCGCUUCGCACCGAUAUGAAACCCAUCAACGUUAUUCAGCCCGAAGGUGCAUCUUUCAAAGUGCAUGCCGAUAAUCUUGUCGAGUGGCAAAAGUGGCGUUUCCGCGUUGGAUUUACGGCUCGCGAGGGCGCUGUGCUCCACGAUGUAUGCUACGAAAACCGACCUAUAGUAUACCGGUUAUCUUUCUCCGAGAUGACUGUCCCGUACGGCGAUCCGCGCCCGCCUUUCCAGCGCAAGCAGGCUUUUGACUUUGGCGACGGUGGAGUCGGACGUGCAGCCAACAAUCUAAAACUAGGGUGCGAUUGUCUGGGCGCAAUACACUACUUCGACUGUGUUAUGCCUGGCACAGACGGCAAACCUGACUUAGCUAAGAAUGUGAUCUGUCUACAUGAGCAAGACAACGGAAUUGGCUGGAAACAUACCAACUUCCGCACAAACCGUGCCGUGGUAACACGCCUGCGCGAGUUAGUCGUGCAGUUCGUCGCUACGCUGGCAAAUUACGAAUACGUGUUUGCGUACAAGUUAGACACAGCAGGUGGCAUCUCGAUCGAAACGCGGGCAACAGGUAUCGUCAGCGUCGUGCCCAUCGACGAGGGCAAGGUAUCUGGAUACGGCAAUGUUGUACACCCAGGCGUAUUAGCACAAAACCACCAGCACAUCUUCGCAGUACGUAUAGAUCCAGCUAUCGACUCGUACGCCGACAACACGGCUGUAGUCAUAGAAGAAAGCCAUCCCGUGCCGAUGAACCCAGAGACAAAUCCCCACGGGAACGCUUACGAGAUUCGACGGAAUCGCAUCAAGCGGGCCGGGUUCGCAGAUGCCGAGCCCCGGCUGAACCGGGUCGUUCGUCUAGAGCAUGCAACCAAGAAAAACAGCAUCAGUGGCAAAAACGUUGGGUAUAAGCUGGUUCCCAGCGCUACGCAGCUCAUGCUUGCAGACGAUAAGAGCGUCCAAGCUGCAAGGGCACCUUUCGCGAAACACCACCUCUGGUUUACCGGAUAUAGAGACGGCGAAUUGUGGGCUGCGGGAGAGUUCACGAACCAGGCGCCGCGAGAAGAGGGUGGAGUGAAAACGAUGGUGGAGAGGGGAGAUUGGUUUGUAGACGAUGGCGAGGUUGAUGGUACGAACGGGACAGCGGAUGGAAAGAAGAGCAGCCCUGUAGUUUGGAGCGUCUUCGGCCUCACUCACAACCCACGAGUCGAAGAUUGGCCCGUGAUGCCUGUCGAGAUACACCAAUUCCAUCUUCGUCCUGCCGACUUCUUCACGAGAAACCCGGCGCUGGAUAUUCCGAGCACCAGGAACGAGAGCAGCGUGUUAGUGCCUUGCUGCGACAAAGUUGACGAUGCGGCACAAGAUGGGACUCGACAGUCAAGUACUUGCUGCAGUCCACAGACCGACGGGAAAUCGCAGCAGGACCCUGUAUCGCAUCUCCAAGGUACCGGGCCGGAUGUCGAUCCUAAGGAGAUUGCGGUUGGGACCCCUAAGGACAAGAAGCGACUAUCUGCCACACUAUCGAAUCUGCUUAAUUGGAAGAAGGAUUGAAUGAUGCUCUCUCUCUCUCUCUCUCUCUC